UUAUCUUGGGUUUCAGUAUAGCUUGAGUCUUCUUUGUGGUCGCAGCAUCAUGUCGGGUAACUUAAUACUAUAUGGCAUGGACAUAAGUCCGCCAGUCCGGGCUUGUAAGCUGACUUUGCGAGCCCUGAACUUGGACUAUGAAUACAAGGAAAUGGAUCUGCUGGGUGGAGAGCAAUUUGAAGAGGAAUUCCUUAGGAAAAACCCCCAACACACCGUGCCACUCCUUGAUGAUAAUGGAGCUCUCAUAUGGGAUUCACAUGCCAUAGUUUGCUAUCUGGUCGAUAAGUACGGCAAGUCGGAUGAUUUGUACCCCAGAGAUCUGGUUAAACGGGCUCAUGUAGAUCAGCGUUUGUUCUUCGAUGCUAGUAUCUUGUUUAUGUCCUUGAGGAAUGUCAGUAUUCCGUAUUUUGUUCAUCAAGUGAAUGUGGUGCCCAAGGAGAAGGUGGAUAACAUCAAGGAUGCCUAUGGUCAUUUGGAGACUUUUCUUGGUGAGAAUCGUUAUCUCAAAGGAUCAAGUUUAACUGUGGCUGAUUUCUGUUGCGGAGCUACUGCCUCUUCGCUGGCUGCUGUUCUGGAACUGGAUCAGGAAAAGUAUCCCAAGGUGGCGGCUUGGCUUGAACGGCUAACCGAGUUGCCUCAUUAUGAAGAAGACAACUCUCGGGGCUUGGAAAAUUAUAUACAGCUGUUAAAACCUGUUUUGAAAUUAGAGGAAUAGUAAAAUAUGUUUUUUACAUAAUGUAAAAGAAAAUCGAAUCAAAAGAAUUUAACAGAAACAUUACUACAUCUACUAUACUAACACAACCAUCUUAUUAAAAACAUUUUUAAUUCCUGACAAAUAAAAAUAAUCGUUCAUCAAUUUAA